UAAUUACAUUUGGGUUUAUUCUGAUCGUAUCAAUAAUUUACCAAUCUUUUGAAUGUGUAUCGAAGUUUUGUAACACUUGGUAUCAAGCAGACCACAAAUGAACGCAAACGCUAACCUAACCUUAUUGAAAGGUCAUCCAGCGGUUUCGGUAGCAAACAAUAAACAAUAAACAAAGUAGAGUGGAGUUUGAGGAGACUGUUUUUCAACAAUGGACGCAUUGCCGGAUGAGCUUUUGCUACAAAUAUUGCAAUAUGCGACACCUUACGAUCUCAAAAAUAUUGCCAGACUGAACGAGCGUUUCGCCCAACUGAUCCUGGAAAGGAGCCUCUGGACACAUAUCGAUUGUCGCGGUGAGAAAGCCCACGCUGAGCAUGCGGAAUACUUCAGCGAGCGCGUACAUGAAGACACAAGUGCGUAUAUGUUACGUGUAGCUAAUUCUAACAUCGGCAUACCACCGGAACGCAUCCGCAAGUGGACACACUACGACUCACUCACCGUACUCGUCCUGGAAGGAAUGCAUUUUGACUGUGAGGAGUUCACAUUGGGAGACUUUCCUAAGUCGCUGGUGGAGUUGUCGCUGAAUCGCUCGACGUUUCGCAACUACCAGCAGUUUUUCAGGUUCGCCGGGCGUAUGUUGCGCGCCUUGCGUGUUAUCACACUAGAGCAUUGUUUAACUCUUGGGGAUAGCGUGGUAAUGCCUUUGGCGAACUUCGAACAGCUUGAGAUUGUGUCGCUGUACGGCUGCAUGAGCAUUAAAGACGCACUAGUACCGCUUACAAUGAGCACCAAGCUCGGCUUCCGACAGUUGAAAGUACUCGAUGUGCGGUGUACGGGUCUCGGCAAUGAUCUCCUGCGUCUGGUAGCUGAGCUGGAGCAGCUUGGUGAGCUCUACUUUCACUGUUAUUUUGACUACAUCGGCACCGAGACAGACGAACGACUACAAUGCCACCGGCUUGACAUGAGCACAAACAGCGGCUUGCUGGAGGCGUGUGACCGUCCAGUGGUCGCUCACUACAAGGCACAAUUCACCGACGAUGGCCUCCGCUGUUACAGGCGCGCUUCAUUCCGCCCGCAGGGGUACACACCGCCUAGAAGUAUGCUAUACGCACGGCCGUAUGGGCCUUGUGCGUGUUCAUCCACAACGUCGACGCCGGCUGGUGCGUCUACCUCGCGCAAUGGUAUUAAACGCGCUCGAAGUCCAUCUCAAGACGCAUCCGCACCGCCGACGAAACUGCCAAAAACCGACUCAGACACUCAAUCGCUGUCUUCAUCCCGUACUACCGUCACUUUCCAACCAUACUUUCGCUUCCCGACGGUGAAGUGCGCGCGCCCACCCCUCCGACACCGGAUCAACCAGUAUCGCAACGUGUCGUCAUCGAGAUUCAAUGCUUCCCGACACAAGCCACCCGCGAGGAUCUUGUUUUCAUGCCACGACGGCGUAAACGUCGACGGGUUUGUCCAGGAGCGACAAGUUGCGCUCAGCGCGUUGUCCCUACGCGGCUCAAAGCGCGUCACUGACCAUGGUCUAGAAUCUCUACGACAGCUGGACCUCAGUCUGCUGGACGUAACCGGCACGGCGGUAACCCAAGCAGGUGUAGCUGCUUUCCAAGCGCGCAUGCCAGGCUGUCGAGUAGUGCACGAGACGGCGUGCACGUGCCGACCGCGAUAGACAUUUAUUUCAUGACGAAGGAUGACGGAUUUGUAUAUAAGAAUUAUAUUUAUGUUUAGCUUA